AGGUUAUAUAUACUUUAAAAAAAUGUCAUCAGUUUCAGUAUUUUGUUGUUUAAAAGGGUGUUUAACUAAUUUCAAGUUUUCCCCGACAGUACAUCAUGCCCCAAGAGAAAACCCCAUUCAGCUCGACACUGCCUUUAUGGGAUACGAAGUGGUUGUAGUUAAAGGGGGCUUGAGAGUAUGUGGUUCAGGAGCCGUUUUAGGGAAUGCUCCUUUGGUUCAGUCCAAGUCUUAUUUCGAAGUAAAAAUUCAGCAAAGCGGCUCGUGGUCUGUGGGAUUAGCUACUCGACAAACCGAUCUUAGUUUAACACAAGGUGGCCAAGAUGAAUAUUCUUGGGCUUUAAGUAAUGACCAAUUGAUUCGUCAUAAUAAACAAGAGUUGCAUAAAAUUAGUUUGAAUACCUCCGAAGAGGAUAUAACUCAAAUACAGGAGGGCGACAUUAUUGGUGUAGCAUUUGAUCAUAUCCAGUUAAAAUUUUUCGUUAAUGGUAAAGAAAUUGAUCACACUGUGACGAAUAUUAAAGGACCAGUGUAUCCAGCAUUAUAUGUGGACGAUGGAGCAAUAUUGGAUAUAAUUUUAGACAAUUUUAAUCAUCUACAGCCCUCCGGAUUUGAAAAAAUUAUGCUUGAACAAUCGCUUCUUUAAAU